CAGUUCCUCUCUAAUCGUAUAUCUAAGAUGGCGUACCGACAUGUGGUUAGACAUCCAAGGUUGCAAGCUCGAAUUUUUCUUUGUAAUUGGUACAUGAAAGUAGUUAGACCGGGAAGGGAGCUCCCUGAAAAUACGGUCCAAUUCCAUGUUCCUAUGGACAUGUCAAAGUUGGAUAUUAAAAACUACCUCACCAGCAUUUACAAACUUGAUGUUGCGAGGGUGAACACCAGAAUACAGCAUGGAAAGACAAAGUCACUUCUCAUAAAUCGGAAGAUUACAAAGAGAAAGUAUCCAGAUUAUAAAGUAGCAUAUGUAGUUCUGGCUUCAGAAACAUUUAAGUUUCCUGAUUUAUUUCCAAAAUAUACUCCAAAGGACGAGCAGACUGAUCAGAAACAGGCAGAACCCACGCCAGAAGAUACCCCGCAUCUUCGUUGGUUUUAAUAAAAGGAGACAUUGAAUGUCUCUAAAACUCAAUGACAAUUGAAGAAGGAGGGUCAAACUUUUUAAACAUCUGCCCUAAUGGGAAGAAACCGUUCAUAGCCAACUGAAGAUCAACACCUUGGUCGCGUCAUAAUAUUAAAGAAUGUUAUUGAACGUGUUUUUCAGCUUCUAUAGCUAACAUAACAUAACAUAACGUCAACUUUCUUUCAACACGAUAAGUGUUUAAAGCUUCGCGCUUAUGGGGUUCGUACAUUUAAACUAGUCCUAAAACUAAUAUCUAUUACUAACUUACAUACAAAAUAAAAGUAAGAUUACUAAUAGUUAAUAAUUAUAAAAAAUUGUGCAAUAUAUGUGAUAUAAUCUGCAUAAGAUAUCAUUAAAAAUAAAAAUAGUCUUGAUCACAAAAAUUAACUGUUGAGGCAGAUGUUACCUUAAAAUGAAAAUCUUUAAAGUCAACGAUCUUACUUAAUCUUGAAUCUAUGCACUUUCGUGUAGCAUGAACAAUGUCUGUAUUCCUAGAUGUAAUUGUAUUCCAAAGAACAGCCCCUCUAUAAGUUACUGAACGUUCUAAAUAGCGAGAUUGAAAUUUUGGUAUAACAAUUUUAUCUGACCCCCCUUAAUUGAACUUUUUGUUGUGAAUAUAUUAUGUUUUAUGCGUUACAUUGUAAAGAAAUGUCUUCCUAGCAAGGGAUGAUAUGUUUGGUCUUUCAAAAACACGCCAAAAAAGUG